AUGAUCAGUGUUGCUUUCAGUAAACCGUUUGGUGUUGGUGGUGGUAAUCAGCGUGAACUUGCUCGUGAAAGAAAUUUGAAAAAACAGCAACAGCAAAAGAAAUCGCAACCUCAUCAGGAUGGUGUAAAACUGGAUAAUAGGAUGGAACGAGAUGCAGACAUUAUGCGUAAGAAGCAGGAAGCAGCGGCAGCAAAGAAAGCAGCAGAAGAAGCAGCUGCGCGUACUGAAAAAAAUAAAAAACUCCAAGUGUUUGAUCCAUUGAAAUGA